AGUAAAUCGUGUCGAGGGUAAAAGGGGACCAGUGAAGAAGAGAUGCAGCGGAACGUGCGUCGAGGUUUCUUGUGGACCACGCUGGUGGACAUGGAAGCAUGAGAACGACGCAUGCUGCCACGGCAAGAUACAGUGGGUUCUGAGGACACGAUUAAGCAUAAUCGACUCGGUAGACGGUGGCUCAAGCGAAGCUCGACGAGCGGGAAGGAUGUAUCGACCGAAUUUCUACGAAAGCACGUGCCUCAGGUGCAACCAGACGGUGUAUCAGGUGGACAGGGUAGGUCCGCUGAAAGACUUCACGUUCUUUCACGCGGGCUGCUUCAAGUGUGCGAUCUGCGGGACCAAGCUGACCCUGAAGACCUACUACAACAAUCAGCACACGAUCAACGACAAGGAAGUCUAUUGCAGCAGUCAUGUUCCUAAACCGGGCCCGGGGACUUUGGAUGGGUCCAGCGUGGGCAUCAGGAGCGCUCUCAACGUGCCCAGAAGCGGUUACGUCAACGAGCAGAUCCGAGCCGGUGGAGCGUCACCGCGAGGAGUUUAUCCGUCCUGUUACGAUAAUGUAGACUCGCCUAAUUGUGCCAGGCACCUAAACGGACACGGUUCGCCGCCGGCAACGAAUUCGUCGCAGCGCGAUCUUCAUGGGAACUCAGGCGGCGGCGGCGGCGGCGGCGGUGGAGGCGCGACCUCGCCUUACAACCACAAUUAUUCCGGGGACGGGAGCGGAUACCAAUACGGGAGAUUCGACGCGAGCGCGCUUCACAUCGCACAUGCCCUUAAGCAGACGGAGCUUCAGAAGGGCUACAGCAAGGCACGCGAGAAGCCCAUCGAUUAUUAUCUGGACCGAGAUGAGCAGACGCGUCUCGAGAUGAAGCAUCGUAAGGAGGAGGACGACCUGUACCGCAAGUUCGCUCACCAUCGCGAGGAGGAAGACAGACGGAUUCGCGAGGAAUUUCGGGACGAAUGGGAGAAGGAGCUGGAACAGCUGUCGGCGAGAUGGGAACGCGAAAAAGGCGGAAGAGCACGUACACAGCAAUUUCAACAGGAGAAGGAGGAUCUGGAGAAGAACAUGACUCUGCGCAGGGAUAAGAAGAAGGAGAGUCUCACGCGCAAAAUGCUGGAACACGAACGGGCGGCUACCGCCGCGUUGGUGGAGAAACAGAGCUCGGAGAUGUUGGAGCUGAUCAACGAGGCGAGGAGCGAGUAUAUGCGCCAGGAGAGCUUGUAUCUCGACGAAGGGGACGGUUAUGCCCAGGAAGCGCCGCCUAUGCCUUAUCCGUCGCGCGCGCCACCCCCGCAACCCCCGGCCCUCGCCAAGUAUCAUAUCUACAAUGAUCCUCUCGAGUUUGCUGACAUGGAUCAGAUAGCUAUCUCGGUGGCACAGGAGGAUCAGAAAACGUUCACAGAUUUGGUGCGGCAGUUGGUGAGCAGAUGCGGAUCGGACAUAGAGAAAGCUAGGACGAUAUUCCGGUGGAUCACCGUGAAGAAUUUGAACACGAUGCAGUUCGACGAGAAUCUGCGCGGGGACACGCCUAUGGGCUUGUUGAGGGGCAUAAAACACGGGACCGAGAGUUACCACGUUCUGUUCAAACGAUUAUGCAGCUACGCGGGACUGCAUUGUGUGGUCAUAAAGGGUUACAGUAAAUCGGCGGGCUAUCAACCGGGCGUAUGCUUCGAGGACAAUCGAUUUCGGAACAGUUGGAACGCGGUUUACGUGGCCGGCGCGUGGCGGUUCGUUCAAUGCAAUUGGGGAGCAAGACAUCUGGUCAAUGCCAAAGAAGUUCCUCGUCCUGGUCAACCAAAAGCAAAGAACGACAGUUUGAGAUACGAAUACGACGACCACUAUUUCUUAACGGAUCCUCGGGAGUUCAUUUACGAAUUUUUCCCUCUCCAAGAGGAAUGGCAAUUACUCAAACAACCAAUCUCGCUGAAGGACUUCGAAGAGCUGCCCUUCGUGCGCUCAUUGUUCUUUAGGUACGGACUCUACUUUCCCGAUACGAACACGAAUGCCGUUAUGUACACGGAUUCUACGGGCGCCGCGACUGUCCGGAUAGCGAUGCCCGCUCACAUGCAAUCGUCCCUCAUCUUUCACUACAAUCUGAAAUUCUACGACAACGACGGUGAUGGAUAUGACGGCGUGUCGUUGAAGCGUUUCGUCAUGCAGUCCGUUGUCGGCAACAUAGUCGCGUUUCGCGUGCACGCACCGUGCUCGGGGGCUUUCCUCCUGGACAUAUUCGCGAACGCCGUCACGCCGAAGGAAUACUUAACCGGCGAGCCGAUGAAGUUCAAGAGCGUGUGCAAAUUCAAGAUCGCCUGCGAGGAAUUGCAAACGGUGAUGGUACCGUUGCCAGACUGCGCGAGCGGCGAGUGGGGGCCGACCAAAGCCACCAGACUGUUCGGUCUCAUACCGAUAACACAUCAGGAGGCACUCGUGUUCGCUGGUCGGGAAUUAGAGAUCCAAUUCCGAAUGUCGAGACCGCUUACGGAUUUCAUGGCGACGUUGCACAAGAACGGCAUCGAGGAGAAACGGCUUUCGAAAUACGUAACGCACUCGAUCGCCGACGACGACGUUGUCACAUUCACGAUCAGCUUUCCCGAGGAGGGCCAGUACGGGCUGGACAUUUACACGAGGGAGUCGACCAGCCCGGCGAACGUACCGCACGACAUCACCGGAGAGAAGCACUUGCUCACGCAUUGCUGCAAGUAUCUGAUUAACUCCAGCAAAAGGAAUUAACGACGAUUUCGAUAUUUAAAUUGAAAUACACAUAACGAUUGCGUUGAGGAAGCAUCGCGUGGAUCUGAAAACGCGAUUCUGGACUAAAGGUGCUGCAAGCUCUCUUACCAUCUUGUUCCUUCCGAUUCUCCUCUUUCCUAUUACAAAGAGGACCCCGAGUGACUCGUACAAAUUAAUCGAGAUUAGUCUUUGCUUGCCAAUAAGAGCUAAUUAAAGCGAAGGAACAUGAUGGUAGCGAGGGAUACGGAAAGGAAAGUACAAGUCCGGUUCCCAAGACUGUACAUCGAGCGGUGCGAGGAACUAACGAAAGUCGCGAAGAGUAAGAGCAACCCCGAGCCGUCGCGCUACCUCUACGUUCUUCGUCAGAUUGUAAUAACGAUAAGUUUAUUGUUCGAGGAUGAACAUUGAAUUAAGAGAAGAAGGUACGCCUUAACUAUUUUUUUAUGCGCUGCGCAUUAGUAGUAACGAGCGUAGCUCGUUUUAAUGGGAUCCUCGAUCACCCAGCCGAUUUUUCCACGACAACCGCUGGCCCGCGAGAAAGUUGGUAAUUAUAAGCUAACCGGAGCGUUGGAGAACAGCCGCGCUCCUCAACGGAUUGAUCAAACUUUCACGUUUCGGCUACGAAGCAUUAAUCCCAAUUAUCUCCGGCCAGUUUUAAUUCAAUCGCGGGAAAUCGCGUUUCGUCUCGCGCGCUCGGGCGUUCGGAACAGUCGUUUUCGUUACGCGAGAAUCCCUCGCGUAAUUAAAUUAUGCGCGCGAUCGCUUCGAUACGCGAAUCGAAUUAUUAUUAAAUAGAUUCCACGAAGACGUCCGAUUUCUCGGAUGUUCUACGUUUUACUUUUCCAACGGCGACGUUAUACGAAGUAUUCCACCAUUGUUGCGAACAAUCGUCGCCGCAGAACGAACGAACACAGUUACAUACUUUAAUUAUUGUUAUUAGAGAACCCACUGGUUGUGAACGGAAUUCCAAUCUAGUAAUUACGCAGGUUUCGUCCGGGGAUUUCGAGUCCUCUUAAAAUCAUUAAAUUUUGCGGCCACGGUGGGUUUCGAAGUUCAGGUGCUAUACGUUACUCUGUCAGGAUUAGCUGCGCGACUCUAGUUACUUCGCGUUUACGCGCGUUAAAGCGUUGAAACUUUCCGUACGGAAAAGUUCCACGGGUGAAGCUCUAAUGUAAUUGUUAAUUUUUGUAAUAUUAAUAUCUCUCCUCGCCCCCACCUCCCUCGCCCCCGUCGUUACAAUGAAAUUAUAACGACGGUUAGGUAAAAAGAAUCUACGCGAUUUGGCAUUCCUGUUACCGGUGAAAUAAAGUAUAACUCGAGCUUAAUAUCCCUCCUCAGUGUUUCUGUCUAACGAGCAUGUAAAUUAAUUUUUAUACAUACUACAGAUACGUAAUAAAGACUCGUGUUCUUGUAAAGAAGAGGAAUUAAUUAAAAAGAAUUUUGUAUAAA